CACAAGUACAUGCCUAUCCACUAUGCCGUCAGGACGGAGCGCGGCGUGACCCAACUGGGUCUUGAUACAAUGCAUAUUGAGAUCGAGGUCGAGGCGCACGACCCGGAAGGAGCUCUGCCGCUGCGGGCGAGGCCAGGAAGACAAAUUAGAAAGGAACUGACUGGGGCUUUUGUUCUUUGUUACCUAUGUGCAUGAGUAGAUGCGUAGGAUGAAGAUCGAAUGGAAUCACAAUUUCUACGGGGGAUUUUGUUCAGUAGCUACAGUAUCUGGUGUCCAAGAGGAUCUAUCCUCGCCCUGGAUUUCUUAUGUAUUUAACUAAACCGACGUAUGUGUAGGACUUCCUGGAAAUUUAUUGGAAAG